AUGUCCUGCCCCUGCUCACGUUGCUUCAACAAUCCAUCCACUCCUCAUCACUCUAAACCAUCAUCGCCCCCUCCUUGUUCCCCGUCAUCACCGGGGACAACAUCACCGGGAACAACAUCAACCACCAACAUGAAGAAAAGCAACGGAUUCCCAUGGUUUAAGAAGAGCACAUGCAGCGCAAAUCCCCCGCGAUACAGCGUGGAGAGCACGGCGUCCGAUUUGGUUGGGUUACUAGGUUGA